GAAGAGUAAAUAUUUCAUAAACGUGCUAUUAUAACGAUGUUUUACAAUUCUUUGCGUGAGUCAAGUUAAUUGAAAGUACACAAUGCCCCUAACACGUCCAGCCGAGGGGAUUGGAACAAAAACCGCAGCGACGAGAGUGAUAUUCAUUUGAGAUUAUUUUCGCCCGCCGGAAGCAAUGCAAUGCGGCGUUAUAUUCAGUGGCGGGUAAAAGGAACUUCAAGUCAUUUACAAGAAUUUAGAACAUUUGCAUAGUCAGCUCAAAAUCGAAGAUGUACUAUCAUCAGAUUCUGCCACAACAUCUAUUAUUCCUGUUUUUCUUCUAUCCUCUAUCAAGUAAAUCGUUGCCGACUCUGGAUGACAAUCGCAUCAGUUUACAAUGCCUGGAGAAUUUCAUGCUUCUUGAAAUGGACUUGCAAGAUCUCCCAAAAAUAAAACCAACCUCACUUCAUCUAAGGCAUUUUUCCUGCAAACCACAAGUGACUAACACUCGCGCUUUAUUUCGGGUACCCUUCCAAGGUUGCGGAACAACCCUGGGGGUAGAGCUUGAUCACAUUGUAUAUCAAAAUGUUGUGGACAAUUCUCAGCAGUUGAACGGGUCGCGCAUAGCGGUUAGGCAUGCUCCCGAACUGUAUUACCCGUUCGUAUGCCGCUAUCGGCAGAAAUACAUUGUUACUUUGAAAGAAGGACAAAAGAGCGACCAAGGGAGUAAAGCUGGCCAGGAAAAUAGAAAUCAGACAACAAAAGACAUUCUCAAGAAUGUGUCAAGUUCCUCGAGCCACAUUUCUCCUUGGAUGCACAACGUUAUUUGGCUCACUAUCAUAUUUGAACUUGUGCGGACCUUGCUUCGAAUUGUGCAUUAAUUAAUUAAUUAAUUAAUUAAUUAAUCCCAAAUGGACCUACGGUACCCUUCCACUCUGGAAACCAGUGUACUUCCUUACUCCCAACCGAGGAACACUGUUUUUUUUUUUUACCGGCAAGUGCCCGAGGAUCAUCUUGUAAAGCCACAGUUUGAUUGUCUUCAGUUGUCUUCAUCAUCUUCUUUGAUAGCCUUCGCCGUAGAAUGGAAAUGGAUCUUAAAAUCAAGAGUGUUAUCAAUGUAAGUGUGGCGUUACUCUGUAUUGGAGAGCACUUGAUGGAAGGAAGUGUGUCCAUUAUAUCGGAUAAAAUCUUCGUUAGAAUAUAAUGUACUAAGUGUGGUUAUGAAGUGGAGAUGGAAAUCUGUUCGGUAGCUGAAGAAAGCCUGCUUUAUCUGGUCUCUCUGAACGAUUACAAUUUCCAAGCGAUCUUUUGAAACACAAAGGUGUGCAUUGAAAAACUACCUUGCUAACACAUAAUCAAAUGUCCGGAUUGAUUUCUGCGAAUUCAACCCGUUUCUUCCGAUAUCAGCUAAAGGUUGGCUUCCCCAGCUAUUUGAAUUGUUUUUUGAUCUAAAUUAUAAUCAGGGCAUGUUUGGUAUUUAGUAUCCUGUUUAAGUAAGUUUGCAAUUGGAAUCAAAACUUGUGAAUAUUUUGAGAAUUAAACUGCCUAAUUAGCUCAUCUUUGAAAGCUGAGGUAAAUAUUUGACCAUGUAGACCAUUUAGACGAGGAAGAUGGUCGGGUUGGUCUCUUUGAAAAUAAAAGUCUUUUCAUACAGAAAUAGUUACAUUGCUUGACAGACAGACCACU